UUGCGGUACGGUACGCAACGGCAACAGAUGGCACGGAAAGCAAACUUCAAGAGUUGCCAAGUGCCUAUCCAUUAGAAAGACACUUGGCUCCAACAAUCAAGAGACACAAAGAGUCCACCGACAAACGAAGUGUGAAGUGCGGCAACUACUACUAUACUACCAGCUAGCUACAGUAUGAAGCGAUCCAAUCUUAUAGCAAAUGUCUUUUUCCUGCUCUUGUUGGCACCUGCCAACGCGUUCAAUGUCGAUACCACAGUCCUUACGUUAGUGGGUCUCUGUGGAGACAAUAAGGUGGACGAUCUCGGAGACAAUGUUUUGGACGCAACAGCCAACACAUUUCUGCCGGAUUGGGAUCCCAAAGACCCGUGGGGGUCUACUGCAAGCCUGUUGAUUCCGUUAUGGGACUGUGUUACCGACGAGAAGGGUCCUCCCAAAGUGCGGCAACUGGAUGAGACGGCAAGGAAAACCCGAAAACUGAGAGGUGUCAAGGGACAAAGAUCCGCAUGACAAAAAAAGGCAAAGAGAAGGAUCAAGAAGUAUGGAGGCCAAACGAUAAGAUGCCAGAGCUCAAGGCAGUACUAGUAUCAAUCUUGGAGUCAGCCGAACGAAGUGCCCGCAUCCCCAACGCUUUGGUUGCACUUCAACAACCCCCGCCCUAUCUAGAAUCUAGACCACGCAUAUCAGCUUAGACAACAUGCACCAUCAUACUGCCACAUGAUCGUUGCAGUGCCCCAAUCGCUCCGAACCGGUGCAUCUUUCCUUCGUCUUUACCAGU